GAGUCAUCGAUUGAGUCAACGUACUCACUUCUUGUGUAAGGUGUGAGUGACAUGGCAUCUAAACUUUUUGAUGUGCUUGUAGCAAGAUGCAACAGCAUUUGGUUCGUAUUCAGUACCUCGAGCACGAAUAAUAAACAAUUGCGUCAAGAAUUCGUAUAGAGUAAACUAAGCGAAAACUUUUACCAAACUGUGACUAAAGUCGUCAGCAGCACGAACGCUUAUCUUUUAUUCAAGUGUACUCGAUACUAUAUUGUAACUAAAUGUAAACAAAGCUUAGAACUCAAUAUUAAAACGAACGAAUGAAAAUGAAUGAUACGUUUAUAAAUUGCUAUCAUUGUAUUUGUAGAGUCUUUUAUUGUGCGUAAAAAUAAGAAAACGUGAUGAAACUUAUUAAUAAUAGUGUGUUAAUUAAUGUAAAACAGUUAUUUGACAAAACACUAUUUAUAUAAUUAUAUAUGGAGAAACUUUUUUUAUAUUUAUAAAACUAUGUUUCACCUUUUAUGAAUUGUGAUUUCCGAACGCGGAUUUCUUAAGAUAAACACUUGACUUCGCUCCGCUUCGUGUUGUUUUAGUAGUUUUGUGUUUUGAAUUUGUUUUGGUUAAUUCCUGCUAAAUGUUAUAAUGAUGUCGUCAAGAACUAGCCACACACUCUUUACAAUAAUGGUAGAGUUAAUGGAAAAGUAAGUAACUAUAUUGAAACAACAGUUUUGAUUGUAUUUUAGUCUAUCUGUUUAUUGUAUAUUGAUAGUGAUUUAUUCUGUUAAAUAAUUAAUAUUGUUUGUUUCCAAAGAACGGUGAUUUAUCGAAACCACAGAAUGACGACAGUGAUGUAUUAUAAAGUGCAAGGAGCUAUGUGAUUUCAUAACAGCCAAGGAAUCGCAAAGAAGAAAAGUGGCGAAAAGUAGAAUAAUCUGCCGGAAUUAAUAAAACAGUAUUCUAUACUCGCAAAGCCAAAAACAGAAAAUUUAAUAAUUGUACCAUCUGAAAUUCCCGCUGUAGAUGAUGAGGACUGGAACACUCCUGGCGGCAGCAAGGAUUCAGUACUUAUAGCUCCAUCCAAUCCCAGAUUCCUAACCAUAACCAGAUCCCAAACACCUCCAAAAUCUACCACACCGCCGAUAUCUCUAAUUGUCCUACACAGACAACAGAAUAUUUUUUUGAGUAAGGAGAAUAUAAGGAAUGAUAAUAAGGAAAGUUAGGGAUUUGUAUAAUUAGAACGAGAGAGGAUACUACAGAGAACUUUGUCAACAUGAUACUGAGCUGAAGUGCAAGUUCAGUGUAAUAAUGUAUAAAUAAUAAUAAUUGUGCAUGUUUUUAAUAAAAUGUCUCAUUGAAAUUUUGUACUUGUACUUUUUUAUUUGAACUUAAUAUUAAUAUCGGAAAAAAUAGACUACACUUAAAAUCUAAAGUCGUAAUAACAAAAACAAAUCAAAACAUUAUUCAAACUGUGUAGAUAUGCCUACAACACAAUAGAGAAUCAAUUUAAUUACAAAAAUUGGAUUCAAUAGAAAUAGAAAUGGAUUUUUUCUUGUCCAGUAUACAUUAUAAAUAGUACUUAUUUAAGAUCAUUCUUAUGUUUAAUCUACCACUGGUUCGGAAAAUACCUGUGUCCAGGAAAAAAUAAUUGUUUACAGUCAUAUAUUAUGUUACACAAUUAACUAUAAGUGGUAUUAGAAAUAACUACCUCAUUCCCAGGGGUUAUUUGCCAUUCAUAAAUUCCUUAAUACAUAUUAACAUAAUCCUUUUUAUUUAUAUUUGUUUAAUAUUUUUUGAUCUUGGCAGUGGUCGAAAUUUUUGAAAUAUUUAAUUUAAAUUAUGAAUAAAGUAAUAAAUAAAUCAUUGUUAGAUUAUUAUUAAUAUAAAAAAUAAUCUGGGCAUAAACACAAAUUACAUACAGAAGAAUUACACUGCACUAAGUCUAUCCCUACAACAAUUCCUCUCAUAGCACGACCUCUUACUAACCCUGACUACUGUUACUUCUUAUAAUGCAUAAAUCAGGUUGCUCAUGUGAUCAUUUAAAUUAUUACCGUACACAUCUGCUUCUGGGUCUGAUACUCCAAAUAGCAUAGCUAUAUUAUGUAGGACACAAUGAACUAUAACUAUAAUAAUUUUGGCGUAUUUUUCGGGUUUGUAAUGCAGUAUGCGAUCCCUGUUUACUCCACCUAUUUUUCAUUCAUUAACAAAGCUAAAAAUAAAAUAUUGUAAGUAAGUACUUUUAUGACGUCUCUCUCAGCCCUUGAAGUGGGGAACCUGAUAAAGUUAUUGGUUAUUAUUUAUUGGCUGUUAAGUGCCUCCGUAACUUGAGACACAUUUGCUAACACUUGUUUGGCCCAAAUUCUUUCUCGUACCGACUAAACGUUGUUAAGAGCCUGUUGAGUAAAAUAAUAACGCACAAAGAACCUAAAACAUAAAUGAAAAAAAUAUGAGGUUAGGUGCAUAAUAACUACAGCAGGUAAAUUAAUUCUGAGCAUUACAAGCAUUGUUAUAUGAACUUAAGUUGUAUUCGAUUGAGGUGGAUAACAUAAAAAAAUGUUAUGAGACUGAAGUAGAGUGCCUUAAAUCAGAAAUAUUGUCACUUAUGAACUCCCUUCAAACUGUGUCCAAUAAAUAUAAAUCAGCCCAAAAUGAAAUAAAAGAACACAUAUUGGCUAUGGAUAAUCUGGUAAAGACUUGUAAAUAUAAUGAGGAGCGGUUUGACUCCUUAGUUAAAUAUCAAUGUGAGUGUCAGCGCUCAAUGCCAGAUUCUUCAAAGUCAGUGUGUGCUGAUAAUAUUAUACCACCACAAAAACUCUAUGACAGUGCCAUAGCAGAGGAUAUUAAAAUAAUAAAUAACUCAAAUAUUACUAAAAAUAAUAUAAUUGUUUAUAGCGAUGACAUGGGAAAAAAUCUAGGCAUAACUUUAAAUAACUCUUUAAAGGGACAAAAAGUUACAAAUUGCUGCAUGCCUGGAGCAUCUUUUAGUGACAUCCUAAAUAAAAUUAUUGUUACUAAAUUUUGCCCAAAUAGUACAAUAAUAAUUUUUGUUGGUAGAAGAGGCAGUGUCAACAACAAACAGUUAUUAAGAUAUAUUGAACAACUUAAUAACUUAAAUGUACACAAAAUUGUCUUGUUCACACUGCCUUAUAUACAGGGAUUGCCACAAGAAAAUAAUUUAAGACAUAAUUUAAAUAUACAAAUGCAUAAUUUAAUAUGUAAUAAUAAUUUAAAUUUGACAUAUAAUUCUAAUGAUAAUAAUCAUAAAUUUCAUGUAAUUGACAUAAAUAAUUUAAUAAAAAAGUUUUGGACAAAAGAUAGGUAUUACCUAUCCAAAUAUAAUUUAAGACUGAUAGCAAAUGUGCUAUCUUAUUAUUUACUUUUUAACUCAGCCAAGUUUUUGGCUACCAAGACUGCUUUUAUUGAGCAUAAUCAUUUGACAUUUAAUUUGGAAUCAGUUCCAACUAAUUUAAAUUAGUGAAUGUGACAAUAGAGGCAAUCUCUAGCAAUAAUAAGAGUUUAAUUAAUUUUGAAUACAGCCCACAAAUAAGUAAUAAAAAUUGUUUACACCUGGUGCAUCAAAAUAUACAAGGCAUGUUGGGCAAAGAAUUGGAAGUUGAAUUGUUUUUAAAUAGUAACAAUAUACACAUCCUUUGUAUUACUGAACAUUGGCUAAAAGAUUAUAAUUUCAUAUUUAAUUUCAGAAAUCACCAGGUGGUCAGUUCCUUCAAUAGAGAAAAAAGUUUACGUGGUGGCUCCUUAAUAUUAGCAGAUAAAUCAUUAUUAUAUAAAGAACGUAAGGAUAUUGUGAGCCUCUCUGUUGAACGAACUGUAGAAAUGGCUUGUGUCGAGCUCGAGCACCUCAUUGUUGUAAGUGUUUACAGACCCCCAUGUGCUACUUAUGACCAUUUUGAAAGGAUUGUGGAAGAAGUUUUACUCAAACUUAGUAAACAGAACAAGUCUGUUGUAAUGUGUGGAGACUUUAAUAUCAAUCUCCUUGAAACUUCUUCCAUUAGUAUUAAGUUUAGCUCAUUGUUUAAAUCGUAUAAUCUUGUAAAUUUAUUCUUAGAACCAACACGUAUUGCUGGGCCUAGUGCGACCUGUAUAGAUAACAUUUUUACAGAUGUUAAGCCCUUGCAUAAAUCACUUAUUCAAAAUUUAAGUUCAGAUCACUGUGGGCAGUUAGUAUCACUACCUUACAUACAC